AUGAAGGCGUUCACUGAUAUCGAUACCGGGAUCAUCCCGACUGCAGCAGCUAUAACCACUAGUGCGAACCCGACCACGACGCCAGCCUCUGUACCAAACGAGAAUGUUGGGGUUACAGCCACCGAUGCCACUCCAUUGUCAUCGCCUAAAAAGCACUGCAUCCCCUCGACUCCUGAUCAAACUCCAUUGCGUCAACGCUUUCUGCGGGCAGUCUCUAUGUCGCCUGCGAUACCGUCUCGCCCAUCCAUGGAGGGUCGAAAACUUUCCGAAAAGGCGCGCAAUAGCCCAGUUGUAGUCCGUCAUACACCCAAGAAGACAAACCAGCCGCCGAUGAAACUCGAAGUUGGUCAGGGUGCAUUCUACUUCUCCAUUGAACUACCACCCAGUAAGAUCACAACCAAGAAGAGCGGGACGACAAGCAAGAGCGGAACGCCCAAAGGAGGAGAGACACCCACGAGGUCGCGGACACCUAGCCCGUUGAAGAAUGCGAGUCCGACGAAAGAGAAUGCAGCAGGUACGCCCACGAAGACGACGCGCAGCCCGCUCAAGCGAAGAGAGACGAUCCACCACGACCCCGCAAGACCUUUAUUUGGUACGCCCACGAGGAUGAUGACGCCCAAGCAAAACACGGAUCCGCAGACUCCUACUCGGAGAACGCCCAGUCCGCGCAAGACCUGCAGCUCGAUGAAGCAGAGCCCUGCCACACCAGCUGUAGGGACGCCGAAGAGGAAGAUUUUGGGCGAGACGCCUGGUAGUAAUCGACCUGGAAGUCCAGUUAAGCGAUCAAUCGAGCAAGACGACUCGCCUACAGAUUUGACCAAGACAUCUUCACUAUCGGCGAAGAAGCUUCGAGCAGAGCCAAAAGAGACACGCAGGAAACCAAUCAACAGCCUAGUCAACAUAGGGCAUGAACACGCUCCAAAGGCGGAUGCGGGGGCGACUGCCAUCACCAACGUGUUCCCACACCCUGGAUCCAUAGGGCAGGUGCCAACGGUAAAGGUCUGCCCAGAGAACAUCGGACACCUAAUGGCAAGCCUUAUCAGCAAUACCAGCAGUACUCAUGACCGGGCAUCUUCCCACAGGACGGACAUAAUCUCGCCUGCACCGACACCCUUGCGCAAGGCCGGGGAGAAGCUCAAACUGGGAGAGUCGCCUUCUUUUCUACGUAUGUCGACCAAUGAAGCCACAGCUAUCACAAACGAGGACCCUGCCGCUAAUGUUAUCAAAAUGGGAUCUUUGACUCCGCACCAACCUGCAUCAACUGAACCACGACAGCAUGAGAGUAAGCCGAUUGCACGCUUAUCGUCUGGACUUUUCGAGGACGCUCUGUCAUCUUCGGUUAUCGAAGAUCGGACAACCGACCUUGACCACGCUGCAGAAGUGUCGAACGAACCGCGACCUGCACAUCCAUUGCGUGCAGCUAGAUCUCUCGGUACCCUGGAAAUGACGCGCAAGGUACCAGACCCACCACAUCGCCCACUUAGGUCGGAGACUCAGCGGAAAGAUUCGUGUCAACAAGAAAACCAAACCACAGGGCAAGGAAUGGACAAAGGUCAACCAAAGCCUUCGCUGCCUGUGCUGGCUCGCAAGCACAGGCGGGUGGGUACCGAUCCAAGCGUACUUUUGGAGAUGCAGAAGGAUAUGGUUAACUUAGGAGCGAUGAUGCGCCGUUCGGCAGGAUUCGUCGACCCAGCAUUUUGCGGACCUCUUAACCUGAACGAGCUACCUGCUAUGCCCAAUGAUUUGUUUGUCAGAGACCAGCAGGAUAUCAGAAGCCUGGGUGCUGUAGGCACACCACAGAUGCUUAGUAGAGCCAACUCUGACAACUUGUCGCUUGGAGCAGUGCAAGCAAUUGGAGCGAAAGACAUUUCAAAUCCUGUAACCUCGUCAAGAGUUUCCAGCGUUCCACGUAUACCCCGAUGGAAGCCCGGUGGUUUAAUGCCAUCGCAAGCGAAGGGAGAUCACCUCACUACAGCCAAGCAAACUAGCUCUCAGCUUACAGGCACAGACAUUAAGGUUGCUCUAGGAAGACCUCGCCCUCGUGCAGGAAGCGCGGUGUCAGGAAGUACAGUAUCAGGACCAAGGAAGUCGAAUGUGGUGACUAGCACGCCUCGUCGUAAGACGCUAGGGACGCCUGUCAAACAGACGGUACCUCUUGGAGCAAGGACUCGUGGUUCACCACACAGCCGGAUCCCAUCUCUCACUUCUAUCAAGGCGGAGAGCACCAUGCCACCUGUGCCAAAAAUUCCGCGAAAGCAUCUUCCCAGCACCUCAAGUAACGAUAAGGCCGUCAAAGCAUUGAGAGAGCGUCUACCGAACGUACCAUCUGCUCCCGUCAAUACUCGUCCUGUUCCAACCCGAAAGCCUCUCGGCCCAUCUGCUACAGAACCGUACAACCCAUCAACGGACCCGCGACCGUACGAACAGAAGUUUGCUAGCGCGGGAGACAUUGCCGAUCGGCUCGCUGGAUGGCAUAAUGAAGACCGAAAGAAGAUGCAAGCAGAUCGCCCUACAGUCCCUACCAGGCCACUCAACAAGACUCCCGCAAAAACUCCACUGAGCACCCAGCCAAACGAGUCUACAACCCCAGAUGGGUCUCCGAACAAGACUUUCACUCCUACAGCAGUAUCCGCAGCAACUAAGCCCCCCAAACCACUCUCCACCAAGCCUCCUGCUCCCUCCACACCUAAACGCAAGCCCACCACGCCAGCACCAAAGACUCCAGCUCCCAAAACACCAGCGCUCGGCGCCCGCAAGGCUGCCGUCAACGACCACAGACAGCCCAUCGCCGCCGGUGCCAAAACCCCGGUGAACCGCCGCAUACCCGUGCUCGACCCCAAUGCGACGCGUACACCAAGUAAGGCUAUUGUGAGUAGUCUGGAUGCGGCAAUCGAUAGGAAGAUCGCGGAGGAUGCGAGGAGGGGAUUGGAGUUACGCCUAGAGGAAAUCGGUUGA